ACCAUUUCGUUUUGGCCACAAAGAAAGUGAAAUCAAUAUGAAUACCUAUAAGUUUAUCCUGUUUCUCAGCAUGGGUUUUUUAAACCAGAUGGGUCAACUGGAGGGCCAUGGCAUGAUGUUGAGUCCAACCGGAAGAUCCUCGCGUUGGCGCUACGAUAACUCGGCGCCAAAAAACUACGAUGACAAUGCAUUAUAUUGCGGUGGAUUGUGGAAACAAACCGAAAAUGACAACAAAUGUGGACUUUGCGGAGAUGAUUGGAGCUUGGAGCAGCCGCGACCCAAUGAGCUGGGUGGAAAAUAUGGCAGUGGAGUGAUUGUAAAGAGUUUUGCCGGCGUAGCUGAAGCGGAAAUCAAUGUUAAGAUCACAGCCAAUCAUCUGGGCUACUUCCGCUUCCACAUCUGCGACUUGGACGAAAAUGGCAGCGAGUCAGAAGAUUGCUUUGACCAAUAUCCUUUGAACUUCACCGACGGUAGCCAGAAGUACUACAUCAACACCACCACCGGCGAUAUCCCAGUAACCGUGAAACUGCCCAGCGAUCUCAACUGCAUUCACUGCGUUUUGCGCUGGACCUACACUGCGGGAAAUAAUUGGGGUGUUUGUGAGGAUGGAACGGGCGCCAUGGGCUGUGGGGCGCAGGAAACCUUUAUUAACUGCGCUGAUAUCAGUGUACUAUCCUCAGCGAGAAGCAUAUUCCAGGAGGUGCCCGUGGAGGUGGCGGGAUCGAAGUGAGGUGGUUAUCAUCACCGGUGGCCAAUCGAACAAUGCUGCUAGUCUCAAUAAAUUAUGUAACUUAUUUAUUUCUAAUUGUGCCACAUUGUGCAUCAACAA